AUGGCGUGGCAGGUGAGCGUGCCCGAGCUGGAGGACCGCCUUCAGUGCCCCAUCUGCCUGGAGGUCUUCAAGGAGCCCAUGAUGCUGCAGUGCGGCCACUCCUACUGCAAGGGCUGCCUGGUGAACCUGUCCCACCACCUGGACUCGGAGCUCCGCUGCCCAGUGUGCCGGCAGGAGGUGGAUAGCAGCAGCUCCCCGCCCAAUGUCUCUCUGGCGCGGGUGAUCGAAGCUCUACAGCUCCCCGGGGACCCGGAGCCCAAGGUCUGCCAGCACCACCGGAACCCGCUCAGCCUCUUCUGUGAGAGGGACCAGGAGCUCAUCUGCGGCCUCUGCGGCCUGCUGGGCUCCCACCAGCACCACCGCGUCACGCCUGUCUCCACCGUCUACAGCCGCAUGAAGGAGGAGCUAGCGGCUCUCAUCUCUGACCUGAAGCAGGAGCAGAAGAAGGUGGAUGAGCAUAUUGCCAAGCUGGUGAACAACAGGACCCGGAUUGUCAAUGAAUCUGACGUCUUCAGCUGGGUGAUCCGUCGCGAGUUCCAGGAGCUGCACCACCUGGUGGAUGAGGAGAAGGCCCGUUGCCUGGAGGGGUUGGAGGGUCAUACCCGUGGCCUUGUGGCCUCCCUGGACAUGCAGCUGGAGCAGGCCAAGGGCACUCAGGAGCGGCUGGGCCAGGCUGAACGUGUGCUCGAGCAGUUCAGUAAUGAGAGUCACUAUGAGUUCAUCCGGAAGUAUCACUCCACGGCCUCCAGAGCAGAGCUCCAGCAGGCCCGGCCUCUGGAAGGCGCCUUCAGCCCCAUGUCCUUCAAGCCGGGCCUCCACCAGGCUGACAUCAAGCUGACUGUGUGGAAAAGGCUCUUCCGAAAAGUUCUGCCGGCCCCGGAGUCCCUCAAGCUGGACCCCGCCACCGCCCACCCACUCCUGGAACUCUCCAAGGGCAACACGGUGGUGCAGUGUGGGCUCCUGGCCCAGCGGCGAGCCAGCCAGCCAGAGCGCUUUGACUACAGUACUUGUGUCCUGGCCAGCCGGGGCUUCUCCUGCGGCCGUCACUACUGGGAGGUGGUGGUGGGCAGCAAGAGCGACUGGCGCCUGGGGGUCAUCAAGGGCACGGCCAGUCGCAAGGGCAGGCUGAGCAAGUCCCCGGAGAAUGGCGUGUGGCUCAUUGGCCUGAAGGAGGGCCGGGUGUACGAGGCCUUCGGCUGCCCUCGGGUGCCCCUGCCUGUGGCCGGCCACCCCCACCGCAUCGGCGUCUACUUGCACUACGAGCGUGGCGAGCUCACCUUUUUUGAUGCUGACCGGCCCGAUGACCUGCGGCCGCUCUACACGUUCCAGGCUGACUUCCAGGGCAAGCUCUACCCCAUCCUGGACACAUGCUGGCACGAGAAGGGCGGCAACGCGCUGCCUCUGGUGCUGCCCCCGCCCAGCGGGCCUGCCCAGUUCACCCCCACGCAGCCCACCAAGCUGUAG